UAUGGCGGCAGGUCUGUCGGUAAAUAUCUCAAUCGAACAGCUUUUAGAAAGCGAAGUUGAGGAAAUUGGGCGAGAUGGACAGGAAAAAUACGUUCCUCAGUUGUCUAUGUCAGAACAACUAACAAAGUUUGCYCAUAAGAUUGAUUUCCUUUCUGAUGAUAAAAGCCAUAAAAGUGCAGAAGAAGUMCAGGAAGAAGAAAAGAAGGCUUUGGUAGUAUUCCAACCUUCUUUGUGGCCAUGGGACUCAGUACGGACAAAGUUGAGAAAUGCUUUGACAGAAGUKUGUGUUUUGUCGGACAUUCUGAAUGUUGUACAAGAAAAGAAGUACAUGGUUUUGGACCCUGUUACUCAGAACCAGGCUCCYCCUAAACCCACAGUACAGUUGCUUGCAAAGAGGAAAAAUCUCAGCAGUGCAGCAGAUAUCAUUCUUCAAGGAACCAUGCGAAUGGAAACGGCAAUACAAGAAAGAGUCAACCAGCAACUUAGACAAGGACAAAAACUUGAAGAUUUCCAUUCUGAACUUAUUGGUCUUAGGCAGAGAUGGAAACUUAAGAAAACAGGGCCAAGCAUCAUGGGAGAUUUAACCUAUCGCUCAGCUGGAUCUCAGUUUUGGAAUCCUGGGCUUUUUGAGGUCACAAAAGCAUCACAACCAGAUGAGGAAGAGGGUCCUUCAACUCAAUUAAAUAACUCUAGUUUACUUGAAGUUAAAGUCGGCAGUGAUUUAGAAGGUGUGGCAUCUGUAACAGUCAGCAUUUGUGAGAAUGAGACAAGCCAAGAAACUGGAAAAGCUCAACCAAGAAUUCUAGCAAGAGUGCAAGAUCUCAGUAAAGCUCCUGMCUGGCAAAAAAUGCUUUACUMUGCACARGAAAACAUAUUUUGCAAGGAACUAUUCACACAGCUAUCACAAGARGCAUAUCACAGCAGAGGACCAAUCACAAAUCUAGUUAUGGGCAAUGAGAUCCGAACUGAGGUUUUUCCAGGGGUUGAUCUGUGCAUCACAUAUUCUCAUGAAAAAGAAAACACUGAAAAUCAAGAAGACAUUCACAGUCAACCCGUAGCCAAAUCAAUUGGUCCACUGGAGUACACYCUUCAGUCUCUCCUUAGAAAACGACAUAAACAGAACCAACGUGUUGUUCUUCCUCAUCCAGUCACGUCUCGUCAAAUUCCUGGUUCAAAUAAACGGUUGAGAAUAGCUGGAUCAUCAGCACUGCGUACUAGCGAUGUUGCUUCUUCUUUAGAUAGGGAAACUAUUUUGGAUACUAUUAUCAAGGUUUCCAAGCACGAAAUUUUAAGAAAAAGGGUAAUGGAAAUGAUUGACAGCUUGACGUCAGAGCUGAGUGAUCCAUGUAUWCUAUGUCAUUGGAGCACUGUGACGUCAGAGACAUCCACGUCUGCAGUCGUKCACAUAUGUUCGCCCGAGAUCAACGAUGUUGGCAAGACUUCAUUUCGACUCAAAGUAGGCAUCAAGGAUAUCCAUGUAGUUUGUUCCAAUGGUUCAACAGUAACGUUUACUAGUCAUGUACGUGAUUUGAAGGACUUCUUCUUGACACAGGUGGCUCAGCAUAGAAUUCUUGUGGCCCAUUCCAUCGCGGUCAGUCUUGGCUGGCAAGUCCUGCACAUGAARCGUCACGUUCCUACUGGGGACAUUGAAGAGCAAGGUCACGUGUCUGGUCUUGUAGUGACGUCAUCAGAUGGCGAUAGAACGGUUUCAGUUCGAGCAGGACCGUCCAGCGGUGUUACAGUCUCCAUAAAACGAUCUCAUAAACAUACGAAUUCGUUACCAGACUUUUUAACCGAUAAGAAAUGGAGUCUUGUCGGUGGAAGUUUCAAAGAAGUAGCCUGGGACCAAGUACCCGGAACGACUUUYGUACAGCGGUUCUUUUUAUUAUUAGGUGUAGAGACUACGUAGUAAUAACUACUUUAGAAUGUAAUUUAUAUCCCUUUACUAUUUACCAAAACACUCGAUCAAAUAAAUAUGAGUCUAAAUAUU